AUGCGAAUAGAGCUCUCCACCUGCUUCUUUCUGUGCCUUUUGCCAUUCAGCUUUAGUGCCACCAGAAGAUACUACCUGGGCGCAAUGGAACUGUCCUGGGACUACAUGCAAAGUGAGCUGCUCAGUGAGCUGCAUGUGGAUACAAGGUUUCCUCCUACAGUGCCAAGAUCUUUUCCAUUCAACACCUCAGUCAUGUACAAAAAGACUGUGUUUGUAGAGUUCACGGAUCACCUUUUCAACGUUGCCAAGCCCAGGCCACCAUGGAUGGGUCUGCUGGGUCCUACCAUCCGGGCUGAGGUUUAUGACACUGUGGUCAUUACACUUAAGAACAUGGCUUCCCAUGCGGUCAGUCUUCAUGCUGUUGGUGUAUCCUACUGGAAAGCUUCUGAAGGUGCUGAAUAUGAGGAUCAGACCAGCGAAAGGGAGAAGCAAGAUGAUAAAGUCAAGCCUGGUGACAGCCAAACCUACGUCUGGCAGGUCCUGAAAGAGAAUGGUCCAAUGGCCUCUGACCCACCAUGUCUCACCUAUGCCUACCUUUCUCAUGUGGACCUGGUGAAAGACCUGAAUUCAGGCCUCAUUGGAGCCCUCCUGGUUUGUAGAGAAGGGAGUCUGGCCGAAGAAAAGACACGGACCUUGAAUGAAUUUGUCCUACUUUUUGCUGUAUUUAACGAAGGGAAGAGUUGGUACUCAGAACCAAAUGCAUCCUCAACACAGGCGAUGGAUCCUGUGUCUGUCCGGGCCCGGCCUGAAAUGCACACAAUCAAUGGCUAUGUAAACCGCUCUCUGCCAGGUCUGACUGGAUGUCACAAGAAAUUGGUACACUGGCAUGUGAUUGGAAUGGGCACCACCCCCAAAGUGCACUCAAUUUUCCUCGAAGGUCACACAUUUCUUGUAAGGAACCAUCGACAAGCCUCCUUGGAGAUCUCACCAAUAACUUUCCUCACCGCUCAGACACACCUGAUGGACCUUGGCCAGUUUCUCCUGUUUUGUCAUAUCUCUUCCCACCAACAUGAUGGUAUGGAAGCUUACGUUAAAGUAGAGAGCUGCCCAGAGGAACCCCGACUACGGAUGAAAACUAAUGAAGAAGAGGAAUAUGAUGAUGAUGAUCUUUAUGACUCCGACAUGGACGUUGUCAGGUUUGACGGUGACAACUCUUCUCCCUUUAUCCAAAUCCGCUCAGUUGCCAAGAAGCAUCCUAAAACUUGGGUCCACUAUAUAGCUGCUGAAGAGGAGGACUGGGACUAUGCUCCCUUGGUCUCCACAGCCAGUGACAAAAGUUAUAAAAGUCUAUAUUUGAACAAUGGUCCUCAGCGGAUUGGUAGGAAGUACAAAAAAGUUCGAUUUAUGGCAUAUACAGAUGAAACAUUUAAAACUCGUGAAGCUACUCAAUAUGAAUCAGGAAUCUUGGGACCUUUACUUUAUGGAGAAGUUGGAGAUACACUGUUGAUUAUAUUUAAGAAUCAAGCAAGCCGACCAUAUAACAUCUUCCCUCAUGGAAUUACUGAUGUCAGUCCUUUGCACGAAGGGAGAUUGCCAAAAGGUGUGAAACAUUUGAAAGAUAUGCCAAUUCUGCCAGGAAAGAUAUUCAAGUAUAAAUGGACAGUGACUGUAGAAGAUGGGCCAACUAAGUCAGAUCCCCGGUGCCUGACCCGAUAUUACUCAAGCUUCGUUAACCUAGAGAAAGAUCUAGCUUCAGGACUCAUUGGCCCCCUUCUCAUCUGCUACAAAGAAUCUGUAGAUCAAAGAGGAAACCAGAUGAUGUCAGACAAGAGAAACGUCAUCCUGUUUUCUGUAUUUGAUGAGAACCAAAGCUGGUACCUCACGGAGAACAUGCAGCGCUUCCUCCCCAGUGCAGACGGAGUGCAGCCCCAGGACCCAGACUUCCGAGCCUCCAACAUCAUGCACAGCAUCAAUGGCUACGUUUUUGAUACCUUGCAGCUGUCGGUCUGUUUACAUGAGGUGGCAUACUGGUACAUUCUAAGCGUUGGAGCACAGACUGACUUCCUCUCUGUAUUCUUCUCUGGAUAUACCUUCAAACACAAAAUGGUCUAUGAAGACACACUUACCCUAUUCCCGUUCUCAGGAGAAACUGUCUUCAUGUCAAUGGAAAACCCAGGUCUGUGGGUUCUGGGGUGCCACAACUCAGACUUUCGGAACCGAGGCAUGACAGCCUUACUGAAGGUUUCUGGUUGUAACAGAAACACUGGUGAUUAUUAUGAGGACACAUAUGAAGAAAUCCCAACUUCCUUGCUGACUGAAAACAACAUCUUUGAACCAAGAAGCUUCUUCCGGAAUUCAAGGCACCCCGGCCCUAGGCAAAAGCAAUUCAAAGCCACUGCAAUUCCAGAAAAUGAUGUAGAGAAGAUUGACUUUUGGCCUGGAGAGAGAACACAGCUGCCCAAAGUACAAAGUGUCUCCUCUAGUGAUCUGUUGAUGCUCUUGGGAAAGAAAACUACUCCACAUGGAUUAUCCUUAUCUGACCUCCAAGAAGCCACAUACGAGGCUGAUGAUCAUGUACCUGGAGCAAGAGAAAGAAACAGGGGCCCAUCUGAUGUGGCACAGCUCAGACCAGAGCUCCAGAACCCUAGGGACAGAGUAUUUACUCCUGAGCCGGAAAUGCAAUUAAGAUUAAAUGAGAAUUUGGGGACAACUGUAACAGUAGAGUUGAAGGAACUUGAUUUAAAAAUGUCUAGUUUAUCGGACAAGCUAAUGACUUCGCCAACAAUUUCAUCAGAAAAGUUGGCAGCAAGUGGUGAAAAGACAGAUUCUUUAGGCCCCCCAAAUAUGCCAGAUCGCUUUAGUAGUCAGUUAGACGCCACUGUAUUUGACGAAAGUUCAUCUCACCGUACUGGGUCUGGUGUGCCUCUGGGCUUGAGUAAAGGGGAUAAUGACUCCAAGUGGUUAGAAGCAGCUUUAAUGAACAGUCAAGAAAGUUCACUGGGAAAAAAUGCAUCAUCGACAGAGAGUGACCGGUUAUUUAAAGAGGAAAGACUUCAUGGACCUGCUUCACUGACCAAAGGUAAUUCUUUAUUCGAAGUUAACACCACUUUGGUAAAGAUAAACCAGUCACUGAUUAACUCAACAACCGACAGAAUGACUCACAGUGAGGGCCCACCAUUAUUAACAGAGAAUAAUAGUACAUCAGCCUGGGAAGAUAUUAUGUUAAAAAGUACAGCUGAGUUUCAAGAAGUGACUUCUUUGAUUCGUAAUGAAACGCUUAUGGAUGAAAAUACUAUGGCUUUGGGGCUGAGUUAUGUAUCAAAUACAACUACUUCAUCAAAAAAUAUGGAAAUGGUCCAUGAAAAAAAAGAGGGCCCUGUGCCACUAGGUACAGAAAAUCCAGAUGUGUCACCCUUCGAGACACUCUUCUCACUAGAUUCAGCAAAGUGGAUAAAGAGGACCCACAGCAAGAACUCCCUCAGCUCUGGGCCAAGGCCUGGUCCAAAGCCACUGACCUCUUCAGGGUCAGAAAAAUCUGUGACAGAUCAGCAUUUCUCGUCAAAGAAGGCAGGAGUAGAAGAAGACGAAUUUCCAGAGGACGUGGGACUCAAAGAGAUGAUUUCUCCAAACAGCAGCAGCAGAUUUUUUACUAACUUGACUAACGUCCAAGAAAAUGAUACAGACACUCAAGAAAAAAAAUCCCAAGAAGAGACAGAAAGGAAGGAAAAAUUAAUGCAAGAGAACAUAGUCUUGCCUCAGUUGUAUACAAUGAAUGGCACCAAGAAUUUCCUGAAGGCCCUUUUCCCACUAAGCACUAAGCAAAAUGGAGAUGGUUUACACAAGGGGAUAAAUACUCCAAUACUUCAAGACGGCAGGGCAUUGAAUGAUUCGGCAAAGAGAGCAGGGAUUCGCAUGGCCCGUUUCUCAAUAAGGGAGGACGCAAACUCGGAAGGCUUGGGGGAGAGAACCAAGCAAAUGGCAGAGGAGUAUCCCCAUGGCACGAGGACGUCGCCUGACCCAAGUCAGGAGAACGUUGCCGCCCAACGCAGUAAGCGGGAUGCGAAGCAGGUCUGCCUCCCGAAGGGAGGGACAGAGCUCAAAAGGACGGUCAUUUGGAAUGACACCUCAACCCAGUGGUCCAGAAACACGAACGACCUGACUCAGGGCACUCGCACCCAGGUAGAGUCCAAUGAGAAGGACAAAGGGGCCAGUACGCAGUCCCUCUUAGAUCGUUCUAUGAGGACUCAUGGCGUCAUUCAAACGGAUGGCCAUGCAUCACCCAACACGCAGAUAUCAGCAUUUCCAUCGGCCAGUCCUAUGGAUCCAGCCAAGAUCCCAUCUCAAGACAACGCUUCUCAUCUUCUAGCAUCAGCCUGUAGUUAUACCCCUAGGGAGAGGAGUUCCGGGGUCCGAGGAAGCAAUCAUUUCUUAGGAGGAGCCAAAAGCAAUUUGUCUUUAGCUCUCCUAACCUUGGAAAUGACUGGAAGUCAAGAAAAGAUCAGCACCCGGGCGGAAAGUGCCACAAACUCACUCAUAUACGAGAAACUUGAAGAUACUGUUCUCUUGAAACCAGGCUUGUCUAAAGCAUCGGGUGAAGGUGAAUUACUCCCUGAAGUUCACGUUCAUCAGGAAGACUCUCUCCCUACAAAAACUAGCACUGGUUUUCCUGGCCGCCUGGACCCCACAGAAGACAUCUUCCUGCAGAACACAGAGGAAUCUGUUCAACUGAAUAAAGUAAAUAGAUCUGGAAAAACGCCCUUUCUGAAAUGGGAAACCGAGAGCUCUGAACACAUUCCGUCCAAGCAGCUGGGGCUCCUCGCGUGGGAUAACCAACACGCCACCCAGGUACCAAGAGCAGAGCAGAAAGUCCACGAGAAGUCACGCGAAGACACAGCUCUUAAGACAAAAGAUGCCAUGUUGUCCCUAGACCCUUUUGAAAACAACCAUUCGAUAGCAGCAAUACAUGAAGAACUCGAUAAGCACCAAACAGAAACCACCUGGGCCAAGCAAGGAGGGACCGGAGCGUUGUACUUUCAAAAGCCUCCGGCCUCGAAACACCAUCAAAGGGACAUGACCCUUACUACUUCUCAGCCAGAGGAAGACAAAACUGACUAUGAUGACAUCUUCCCAACUGAAACGAUGAGAGAUUUUGACAUUUAUGGUGAGGAUAAAAAUCAGGAUCCCCGCAGCUUUCAAAAGAGAACGCGACACUAUUUUAUCGCCGCGGUGGAGCGGCUCUGGGAUUAUGGCAUGAGUGAAUCCGCCCGUGCGCAGAGAAACAGGUAUGGGCACACUGAUUGUUCCUUUGUCCUACUGUUGUGAUCUUUGGCUUUACCAGGUGCUGAAAUGACAGGAAAAGGCAGAGGCCACCCACAGCAGUGAGACUCCAGAGGUGGCUUUAUAGGAGAACUGGGAAUUGCAUGGCAAAUUCUAGAUGAUACUGAGGAGAAAGUGGGAGAUUAGAGAUGAUGGCGCGGAUGAUGAGGG